AAUGCUUCGAGUUGAAGGGUCCGCUUGUCGUUUGUCCGCGAAAGCGGUGCGGCUCAAUAGAAGAAGAACGGCAGGUAGCCUACCUGGAAAGGGAAAAGGGCCGGAUUCGCACCUGGGUCCCAAGUCAUGACCACAGGGACUUGGUUCACACGUGUACAGUAGCUCAGGAGCAGGCUUCGUCUUCUGGGUCACAUCUCCAUCAAAUCAUAGGGAAGGAAGCCUGACAACAUAGAUGAACACACAAUGCCUGGGCUUAACCAUGGCUAAACUGUGGUUUGUCCCUUUUUUCCAAACUUUUAUUUAGAACUUGCACGAAUAAAAAGGGGGGGGCAGAAAACACCCGCAAUUAAAAAUCUUCAAUUUUGUUAAACGAUAAAGGAAAAAAAAUAGGAUUAGCACAUCCUAAUAAAUAGGGAAAGCAAAGGAGGAGGGAAGAAACUCCCCCAAAAGAUAAAAGGAAAACCUAUUUAUAUAUUACAAUUGUCAGCGUCUGAAUGACUUAUAAAUUCCCCCUGCAGUUAUAAAAUGUUACUGUCAAAUAUCACAAAGUCUCUGCUACAGUUGCACAUAAUGCUUUGUCCUCUGGUGUAUAGAAAACACUGUAUUUUCCAAAAGGGAUCCAUCACAAGUUUUCCCCAAAGCCAUUCCUUAAAAGAUUCAGGAAGGAGAAUUUGUUCACUCCUUGUCAAAUCAUCCAAGCCCAUCAUUCUCUCCACCUGUGUCCUUCUCGGGACCUCCCACAAAAAAAAGUUAGUGGUAUAAAUUGGGUCCUUAGGCAGCCAGAGAUGGGAAGGAAGGAAAGAGACAUUUGGGGUGGAUUUAUCCUGUAAAAUUGGAGCAGGUGUUUCUUUAUUAAGCUGAAGAAACCUGGAAGGAUUGAGACAACAUGGAGGAACUGAAGAUGAAAAUUGAGGCUUUGGAGCAAGAGAAAACUGACUUGCUCCAGAAAAUCCAAACCAUCCAAGAAGAUCUGAAGGCUGUUUCCAAGGAAAAAGAUUCCCUGAAAAUCUUGGUUGAGGACCUUCAGGCCGAGAGAGACACUCUGAAUAGUACCAUGCAUGGUCUUUACAAGACUAUCGAGAAAACGGUUGCUGCAAACCUGGAACUGCAGGAUCACGUGAGAGCUACUGCUGAGUCAUCCAAAGGUUGCUGUGAAAUCUUAAAGGAAGCCAAGGAGUCUCUCUUGGCUAAGGGACCUCACUCUCCAAAGGGUCAGGAAAUGAUGGCUUCACCAAUGGCUGACCUGGGUGAAAAGGUGAAGACGGUGACAGCAGAACAAGCCCACCAAAUAACUGAGGAGGAGGAGGAGCUGGUCAUUGAAAACAAGAGACUACAGACAAAUCUUCAAGAAGUAAUGCUGGACAACUCCUAUCACAGAAGAAGGGUGAUGGACUUCUGGCAAACCAUCUUCAGCCUGAGGAUGGAGAAUGACCAUCUUCGCCGGUUAUUGAUUACAUUCACUGAGAAGAUGGUGUUAAGUAAACUUCCCGUAAUGGAGAAGAAAAGAGACAAUAUCGCCCUCCUGGCUCUCAACUUGAAGGGGGAUCUGGAGAGCAUGAAAUCUGUGGCCGCUGAAGGACUUUCUGGUCUCCCUCAUGUUCAGACGGCCAACGUUCUCAAACUUCAAGGGUAUUUUGAGCAGGCAACUGAAGAACUUUACUCCGUGCUGAUUGAUAUUGAGUACUACUUCGCCGAAUGGUACCGGGAGUGUAAAGAAUACUAUGUCAGCAUCUCCAAAUUCACCACUGAUCUGUUGGAUGAGAACUUGAAGCAACUCAAGCUGCUGAUUGAGAUUCAGAGUCUGAAGAAAUCCGAACACUACGGGACCGAAUUCAAGCAGCUGGACAUCCCAGCCCUGAGACAGAGGUUGGACAUCUUCCUGGAGAAUAUUUCCCAGGAUCUUUGCGGUCUGGAAGAGCAACUCCUGGGAAUAGAAUCCAAGGCCCGGCAACUGGAAAAUAACAAAGAAGGGAAGAAAUACCUGGAAAAAUGCUCCGCUUCAUUCUCCAUCCAAGAGUUUGAAAAGGGACUUAGAAAUGACAUCAAAAAGCUCCGUAAUAUUCUAGAACACCUGAAGCCAAAAUUGAAGUAUCUUGCCAAUGCCAGGCGGGAGGUGGCAGCCAAGCACGUCUGCUACUUCAAGGAAGCAGAGGUGGCCAUGAAAUCCUGCAAGGAGCGAUCGAAACGAUGGCGGAAGGACCUGAAGGCACUCAAAGAAGAGAUGGACACUACAGGCCACCAGGAGCUGGAGGAAGCCAAGAAACUUGGAGAAAACUUAAGCUUAAUAGAAAAACAGAUGACGGACCAUCUGGAUAGAGCAGCCAAGAUUGAGAGGCAGGAACUGAAAGGCCUCAUGUCGCAUCUUGCAAAAACCAACCUCUCAAAACAGGAGGCAUAAAAAAAAAAAAAGAAGUUAUGGAAGAUAAUGGAAGGUGAACCUAUUCCACAAAGAGCUGACUUAGCUAAUGAUGUAUUUUUCUACAAAUAAUUUUUACCUAUUGUAUAUAUAAGUUAUAAGCCUCUUAGA